CCUCUCCCCCUUCCGGUGCCGUCACGGGACAGAGCAGUCGGUGACAGCCCCGAGGGCCCCGGCCCCGCGCCCAUGGCCGAGCCGGACCCCUCUGACCCUCUGGAGACCCAGGCAGGGAAGGUGCAGGAGGCUCAGGUCAUCCCCCAUCAGCCCUCUGAGCGCCACUCAGAGAUGCGGAGCACUGAGGCUCAGAGAAGUCACUCACAGGAGGCCACGCUCCUGGGGAGGAGCAGCGCUAGGUUUCCAGGCCAGAGCCUGCACGCUGUGCCCCAGCGUGUCCCUCCGCUGCCCCUCACUUCCUCAGGCCUCCCAGCCUGUCCCCUGAGCCCCAGGUGUCACCCCCCACCUCUUCCCUCCCUCCCUGAUCCCACUUCUCCAGCCUGGCCACCCCACCCUCACCCCUUCCAGGACUCAGAUUCGGAUUCAGACACUGAGGAAGGAGCCACUGGCGGAGAAGCUGAGAUGGACUUCCUGCGGAAUUUCUUCUCCCAAACGCUGGGCCUGGGCUCUGAGAGGGAGCGUCUGCUGGAUGAGCUAACCCUGGAAGGGGUGACCCGCUACAUGCAGAGCGAGCGCUGUCGCAGGGUCAUCUGCUUGGUGGGAGCUGGAAUCUCCACGUCCGCGGGCAUCCCUGACUUCCGCUCACCGACCACCGGCCUCUAUGCCAACCUGGAGAAGUACCGUCUUCCCUACCCAGAGGCCAUUUUCGAGAUUGGCUACUUCAAGAAACAUCCAGAGCCCUUCUUUGCCCUCGCCAAGGAGCUCUAUCCUGGGCAGUUUAAGCCCACCACCUGCCACUACUUCAUCCGCCUGCUGAAGGAGAAGGGGCUCCUCCUGCGCUGCUACACGCAGAACAUAGACACCUUGGAGCGUGUGGCGGGGCUCGAGCCUGAGGACCUGGUGGAGGCCCAUGGCACCUUCUACACGUCACACUGCCUCAGCCCCCUCUGCCGGCGGGAGUACACACUAAGCUGGAUGAAAGAGAAGAUCUUCUCCGAGGUGACUCCCAAGUGUGAGAAAUGUCAGAGCCUGGUGAAGCCUGACAUCGUGUUCUUCGGCGAGAGCCUCCCGGCGCGUUUCUUCUCCUGCAUGCAGUCAGACUUCCUGAAGGUGGACCUCCUCAUCAUCAUGGGCACCUCCCUGCAGGUGCAGCCCUUCGCAUCCCUCAUCAGCAAGGCACCCCUCUCCACCCCGCGCCUCCUCAUCAACAAGGAGAAGACGGGCCAGACCGACCCCUUCCUGGGCAUGAUGAUGGGUCUUGGAGGAGGCAUGGACUUCGACUCCAAGAAAGCCUACAGGGAUGUGGCCUGGCUGGGUGAUUGUGACCAGGGCUGCCUGGCCCUUGCUGACCUCCUCGGAUGGAAGAAGGAACUGGAGGAUCUUGUCCAGAAGGAGCAUGCAGCCAUAGAUGCCCAGUCGGUGUCAGGGGACCCCAACCCCGGCAUUUCUACUUCCCCCAGGAAGUCUCCACCACCCGCCAAGGAGGAGGCCAAAACCACGGAGGGGGAGAAACCCCAGUGACACUGCAUCUCCCUGGCAGGAUGCCCAGCUCCUGUGGGGACAGCUGAGCCCCAGCCAGCCCUGCCCCUCUCUAACUUGCAGCUCUUGUGAGAGAGCUUAGACAGCUCUCCAGGCUCUAAACCACCCCCUCCCCAAACUGGGCACCCAGGCCUUCAAACCUAGCACAGCUCCUACAUCCCCCAGGGGCCAGGUUCCGGCAGCCCCUCUUUAACAGCUCCAACUUCUAACCACUCCCAGGGCCAAGGAUCAGCCUCUAAUCUCUAACUGCUCCCGGGGGCGGAGUGCCCCCACACCUCUAACUGCCCCAGGACAGGGGUCCAAGAGCCCCACUCUCUACUCGUGGGACUGGGUGGGCCAGGUCUAACCUCCUGUGGGCUGGGGCUAAAGGCCUCUCACAUCUCUGCCUCCAACUUCCAAGUGGGUGCUGUGCCCCCUCCACCCGGGACCCACUUUCCACGUGGGGUUGGGUGGAAGAGGUUGCUCAUUGAAGACAAAUUAAAAAAAAAAAAAAAAAGUAGCA